AUCUAAAUAGUCGACUUUCCAAUGACAUCAAAGAUGGCUGCGCCCAGGGGAAGUCCGGUAAUUGACAAGGAGAAAAAAUAUGACCGUCAGCUAAGGUUGUGGGGAGACCAUGGACAAGCAGCACUUGAAUCGGCCCAUGUGUGCCUCAUCAAUGCUACUGCUACAGGAACAGAGGUCCUCAAGAACCUCAUCCUGCCAGGGAUCGGUUCCUUCUCCAUCGUCGAUGGCAACAAGAUCAAAGGGGAAGACAUCGGCAACAACUUCUUCCUCGACAAGGACAGCCUGGGCAGAUCCAGGGCGCAGAUUACAACGGAGUUGCUGCUGGAACUCAACAGUGAUGUCAGGGGUGACUUUGUGGAAGAAAGCCCAGAGCAGCUCUUGGAGAACAACCCGCAGUAUUUUACAUCAUUCAGUAUUGUCAUAGCUACAGAUCUUGUUGAAAGGACCUUGCUAGAUUUAGCAGCCACACUAUGGAAUGCUGGGAUACCGCUGCUGGUGUGCAGAAGCUAUGGUUUCAUUGGUUACAUGCGUUUGGUCGUGAAGGAGCACACAGUGAUUGAGUCUCAUCCGGACAAUGCCAGGGAUGAUCUCCGUCUGGAUUGCCCCUUCCCUGGGCUGGUGGAGUUUGCUGACUCCCUGGACCUCAGCCAAAUGACCAAGCAGGAACACAUGCAUACACCUUAUCUCAUCCUCAUUUACAAAUUUCUGGAGAAGUGGAAAGCAGAGCACGGGAGUGACUUUCCCAAGAACUACAAGGAGAAGGAGAGCCUUCGCCAGAUGAUCCGCAGCGGUAUCCUUGUCAAUAAGGAUGGUGUACCAGAGAUAGAGGAGAACUUUGACGAAGCCAUCAAGAGUGUCAACGCCACGGUGCUACCAACGCGAGUUCCCAGUGGGGUGCAAGACAUACUCCGGGAUCCAUCGUGCGUCAAUCUGACAUCGGAGAGUUCCUCUUUCUGGGUGAUUGCCCAAGCCGCCAAGCAGUUUGUAGACAAUGAAGGCAACGGCAAGCUGCCCUUACGAGGCUCCAUCCCAGACAUGACGGCAGACUCUAAGAGAUACAUCCAACUGCAGAGUGUGUACAUGGAGCAAGCCAAGCAGGACUUUGCAGCGGUCGCAUCAAGGGUGCACCAGAUCCUUGUCUCUUUAGGAAAAACUCCUGACAGCAUACCAGACAUGGAAAUCAAACUGUUCUGCAAGAACACUCAGUUUCUCCGGCUAGUCCGGUGCCGGUCACUGGCACAGGAGUACACCAGAGACACCUGCAGUGCUUCUGAUAUAGCAUCUCAUCUGGAGAAUCCAGACAGUGAGGUGGUAUUGUACGUCCUGCUGCGGGCUGCCGAUCGGUUCUACAAUCAGUACAACCGCUUUCCUGGUAGUUACGAUGACCAAGUGGAAGGGGACACAUUCAAGUUGAAGAGCUGUGUUCAUAAUAUCCUGCACGAAUGGGGAGUCAACUUCACGAUGAAAGAUGACUACAUCAAUGAAAUGUGUCGCUAUGGGGCAGCAGAAUUGCACUCAGUCGCCGCUUUCCUCGGUGGCGCAGCUGCCCAGGAAGUCAUCAAGAUCAUCACCCACCAGUUUGUCCCCUUCAAUAACACAUACAUCUACAAUGGCAUCACGGCCACCUCUGCCACAUUUCAGCUUUGAGGAUGUGACAGUGCCGAUGUACAUCUUUAAAGGGAGCUAGAAUCACCUAUACCUGGACUGAUGUCACUGUCCUGCGAAUUGGCCGACCACUGCAAAGUCACACGUCCACAAGUUUCUGCUGUCAGAAUGCCCCAGCUGCAAUGAAGUUGUGGGGAAGAUUAUUACUGAUAAGAAAACGUGGACUGACUUAUUGGAGACUUGCAGUGACCUCACAAUGGUUUAGGUCGCCACAGUAACACCAAAGAAAAUGUAUGUGGUCCCCACAACUACAGACCAAGUUAGUGCAUUUGUGUCGUGAUGUAUGAUCCUGCAAAUUCUAGCUGAGUCAGGUUUGCUCUUCAUAAGGGAUUAAUGCAGUUCCGGUUCCAAUUUCAAAGGCAAAACAUUGGGAAUAGGUAAUGCUUGACUCAGUUAGUAUUCCACUGUUAUCAAAAAGACACACUAAAAGAAAUACAUUUACAGCAUGCUCCUCAGUGCUCCAGUACUUUGUCUUGCAAAAUUCAGCCACAGCAAACAUGUCCCCCGUUUUUCUUUAAGUCACUUGACCCAUCAAUAUGACUCGUUUUGUGUGUUAUGCACAAAGCACGGACUGGUGUUUGAAGUCUAGUUACUUUUUGGCUCAAUUUUAUGAAAUUCUAUGGCCAGAACUAAAAGCAACACAUUUUGUUUACUGCAUGCGAGUUGGGAGAUAGAAAUGAUCAAAGGUCUCUGUUCAUUGUGUUCAAUAUCAACGCAGAUUUUGUUGGUAAUGCACUUUAGCUUUCUAGAGUUUUGCACCUCAUAUCUUGCGUAUGUUUGGACUUUAGUUUUAUGAAAAUGGGACACACAUGUACAAUUCCACCUCAAUUUAAAACAACAGGUUGGCAAAAACUUCUCCAUUGACUGUGAAUGCUAGGAUAAUAGCUUUAGUAAUAGAUGCCAAUAAAAGAAAAAGACCUAUUGCAAAAUGCGGA